UCUUCUCUAAGUGCCGGGUGUCAGAGCAACAUAAACACAUCUCUUCCGUAUUUCCAUUUCUUAAUAUUCCACGUUGACAAACACUCAGGAUUUGUUGCACAGUGUGUUAUUAUUGUUGAUCAAAAGAUGGACUUCACAAUCCGCGCCGCCACGCUCGAGGACUGUAAGGAUAUCUCGCGGAUGAUUCUGGAACUGGCAGAGCAUGAGAAAGUUUCAGACCAGAUCAAGAUUACACAAAGAGAUCUGGAGCAGGAUGGAUUCUCCAAAAACCCCUUUUUCCAUGGAAUUAUUGCUGAAGUGCCAGAGCAUCUUAAGUCCAGAGAUGGUCAUACCAAGGUAGGUUACUCUCUGUACUUCUACACGUACAGCUCAUGGAAAGGUCGGGCAGUGUACAUGGAGGAUCUGUAUGUGAUGCCAGAGUUCAGAGGGAAAGGCAUUGGCAAGGCUCUGAUGGCCAAAGUUUCCCAGCUUGGCCUGGCAGCUGGUUGCAACCAGCUGAAUUUCACUGUGCUGGACUGGAACAAGUCAUCUCUUGACUUCUACCGAAAGCAGGGCUGCUGGGAUGUGACCUCCGAGCUCGGCUAUCACUGCAUGCGCUGUGAGGGCGAUGCCCUUGAACACUUGGCACAAGGGGAUCUUUAAAUUUUAAAGCACAUUGAUUCCCCUGUUAACCCUAGACCAGAGCCACAAGUAACAAGUUCUUUGAUAAGCACAGGAAGAGAGUAAGCUGUCAGUUAAAGUGGGCAAAAUGGAUUAAGUAACCAUGCUCAUCUCCUAUAUCAAUUUUCGAAGAGUAACUCAACGUUAUGAGGCGACAUAGACGAGAACUAUCACAGAGAACAACAGCCAACAGAUGCUGCAUAUUUAUGUUGAAAAUGCACAUGCAUUAUAAUUUCAAGUGAUACAGAUUAAUUGUACACAUUUACUCCCUGUUUCACAGACAUGAUUCAAGCCUAGUCCCGGACUAAAAUGCAUGUUUGAGCUGUUUUAACUGAAAGAAAGUUAUACUGUCAUAUCUUAAAAUAUGUCAGUGCCAUUGUUUUGUCUCAAGAUGCACACCAGUAAUGUUUUUUUUUUUCUUUUAGGGUAUGUUUAUAAAAGCUACAUAAAUGCCUUAAUUGAACUAAGGCCUAAUCCUGGCUUAGUCUAAGAUCUGUCUGUGAAAUCAGGCCUUAAAUUAUGAAGUCUGGUCUAACCAAAGAUUCAGAAGUUCACUGUUGUGUUAUUGGGAAUCACAUGUGUUGGGCAUAUUAUGACAUAAUCAUUUUUCUACCAGUGGAAAGAGUGGAAGUGAAAUUGUUACAGUUGGCACUGUUACCAUUAUAUUUAUAAUUGUUGUCCUUAAAUGUUCUAUUUAAAUAGCCAUUUUUAGGGUUUAGCCAUAUGUCAUUUUACUGGUACAUUUGAAUAUGUGUUUACUUAAACAUCUAGUCAGUCUUGCUCACAACACCACACUAUCUGGAAAUAUACACAAGUUUUUUUCUUAAACUAAGUUGUAAUAUGUGUAAAACUGAUUGGUAAACAAGAGUCACAGCUACCUAGAAGAUAAAGAUGUAUCUGUUUACAUUGUACACGCACAGAUAUGAGCCACACACUUUUCUCAUUUAACAUUUAAUAACUGUCACCAGGCAUUUGUUAACCACAAUGGGGAAUAAUCUCACCAAAACUAGAGAAAUGCACUACAACUGUGAAUAAGCUGAAUCCUGUAUGUUAUUGGUUAGUGAAAUCAUGAUUGGAUUUUGCUUUUGUGAACUGUUCACAUUACCUUGCAGAUGAUUUUUGUUUUUUUGCAUUUUGCCUUUGAUUAUUUUGUGCAAUUUUUUUAGACAAUGGAUAUUUUUAUGUUUAUUGCCAAAAGGUCUUUGGCAAGAAAAUAAUGUGCUGUUACUUAAUACAUCACAAACAAUGUACAACUCAUAAGUACCUCAGUCUAUAAAUUUAGUUAGCUGUAAAUCGGUAACAAUUUUAUGACCUGUUAGAAAGGAACUGUUAUUUUGUAGGACUUUAAAAAAAAUAGCUGCUGUAUCCAAUGUACUGUGGACUCUCUUGUUGUUCUUUCAACCAUUAAUAAAAAUACAUUUGUGCA